GAAUCACGUGUAGAGAAACAGUCGGUCGUCAUGUCUGUGCUGUAGCUGCGCUCCGUGCUAGAUUUUAUUUGCCACCCCAGUUGUCGCUGCACUUUGUUUUGACAGCUGCUUGCUUUCUUUUCUCAUACCUUUUUACAGAAGAAUGAGCGAAAACGAUGACAUCGAAGUCGACAGCGAUGCAGACAAGCGAGCACAUCACAACGCACUGGAGCGCAAACGCAGGGACCACAUUAAAGACAGCUUUCACGGUUUACGAGAUUCUGUGCCUGCGUUACAAGGGGAGAAGGCUUCCCGAGCACAGAUUCUAGACAAAGCCACAGAAUACAUUCAGUACAUGAGGCGGAAAAACCAUACCCACCAGCAAGACAUUGAUGACUUAAAGAAACAGAAUGCAGUGCUGGAGCAGCAGGUUCGUGCACUGGAGAAGGCCAAGGGGAACACUCAGCUCCAGACAAACUAUUCUUCUGAUAGCAGCUUGUACACAAACCGUAAAGGGAGUGCGGUGUCGGCCUUUGAUGGUGGGUCUGACUCCAGUUCUGAAUCCGAACCAGAAGAGCCACCCAACAGAAAGAAGCUGCGAGUGGAACCCAGUUAGACUCUACUCUCUACACAGACUCUCUUGCCCACCAGCCCCACCUCCUCUUACUUGUUCGCACUGAGUCCUACCUUCUUAUGCCAGUCCAGGACACAAGAUGGAGACUGUGUGAGAGAGGUGCUACCACAAAAACAAAACACAAACAAAAAACCUAAACGCUUCUACCUUCCUUUUUCCUGGCAAGCGUCCUGACACUCCUCUCAUGGCCCCAGCAACAACUUUUAAGAUCCCUAAAGUGAGGCAGCUCUGCAGUUUUGAAGGACUUGCUUAUCAAACCUCAUUAUAACCAUUCAUAAUCAAAUAUGGAGAUGACGAGGUAUGAGACUUAAGAAAAGAACCGGAUGUUUUUUCUUUCGGAUGCUUUAGACAACCCCUGAAGUGUGUGGGAGUUGUGCAAGUUAAAAAAACCUUUCACAAGUGGUAAUUAGGGAUAGUUUACCUUUUUAAUAUUCAUAUUUUUAUGGAGAAAGAAUGUGAAGUUGCUUUUGAAAGAAACAUGCGUUAUGCAAGGUGCAACCCUCCUUAUUUAGUGUCAGUGGCUCAAGUUUUUGUCUUUGACAUGUUUGUGUAAUCAAAUUUAUCUUUCUAUUUAUAGUGGUGCAUCUGAAUUAAUUUCUUACCCUUAUAUAUUAUUAUGACUGAUCUUAUACCCUGCUCCCUACACAUCUCUGACUUGAGAUUUGUCUGAGAAUACUGGAGGAGGAACAAGUUGGCCUGCAGUUUUGGUAGAUUUUUCCACAGGUUCAACUACUUAUUUUCCUCUACUUUUUAUUAUUACCUGAUUAAAAAUGUGGAUUAAAUGUCCCUUAAUUGAUACUGAAUGUUACACAAAGCAAUUUAAGGGCAGUGACUUUUAUCUUUGUUUUUGGAAGUCAGUUUCAGUGUGUAGUAUAUUACACUGUAUCCUCUUAUUGGUGUCAGUUCUGCAAAGAAAAGCCUUCCCUUGAAAUAUUUGCCUGCGCUGGGAACGUUUAUCUUUCUUUUUUCCUUUUUGCAGAGGUAAACUAGUGUGUAUGUAAUCAAUAUUUUUUGUUCCAUUCCUUGGAAAUUACAGGUAUGUUGUACAUACUGCCAACGGUUGUCUUGCAAGUUAAGGCGUACCUUUACUUUGAGACUAUAAAUAAAACUAUUUUAUCCUUUUCGGAUGUA